UGACCCCCCCACUUUGAGAGCGUGUUAAGGUUACCUCUCCCUUAGCGAGGACCCUGCUGCUUCCCAUUCCAGAUCCUCGAGGACUUCUUGCUGGUGGAAGAUGCGCCUCUACUGGAAAUGGCUGAGGAGGAUGAGGAGCUCGACUUGUACAACGAGAUGACUUUUGGGUUAGACCAAGACUCCACAGAGGACACCCCAAAACUCCUGGUGCCACGGAAGACGAGCCCAGUGGUGGCAGAGGAGACUGAAGUCGGGGAUGAACCGGGGCCUGGAGCGGCUGAGCAGCCAGAGAAGCUGGGAGAGCCCCAGGAGGAAGGUGGGACAGAGCUGGAGGCGGAGCAGGUUGGCUCUGAGUUGGAGGAAGAGGAGGAGGAGCUGGGGACUGAAGAGCAGGAGCCCUGUGAGGAGCCCAAUGACCUAGGAGACCCGGCAGUGAUGAGAGCCGUGCAGAGCAAACCCACGCUGGAGAGCCAGGACUCGGCAGUGCUGGACAGCAGGAUUGGUGCUUGCUGGGCAGAGUUUGACAAGGAGGACAUGCUGACGAUGGAUCCUGGGACGUGGGGCUCCUGCCCUAGCAGUGUCUCACCCCACCAUGUGCUGGAGGAUAAAGCCAUC